AUGUUAUCAUUGUCUUAUUUAGUAUCAUGUGAAAUCCUAGCUAUUGAUAAUGACAAUAAAACAACCGUUGAUAAAGCAUUUUGCUUCAGAUUCACCUGGCUAGGACCAAAGUAUAACGAAGAUAGUAAAUUUAGAAAUGCAACAUGUAGUGAUAUUGUUAAAGACAAAACUGUUCCCUGUACUCAUCCAUUGGUCGUAACAAACAAUAGUAACAUACCAGACACAGAUUACAUCUGGAAUAAAUACCAAAACAAGCCCAUCCAAGUUGCAUGCCGAUUAGUUAGAGGCGAAGUUUGUGCCAAAUUUUCUUACAAAUUUAAUGGCGCAAUCGAAAAUAUCACAUACUUGUGCACAAAAGUUAACAUAGAAAAUGAGACUGCAGUCAGCCAAGGAUGCUACAAACAAAUGAAAAAUGGUCACGAGAUUGAAGUUUGCGUAUGUGAAUCCAAGGCUGGAAAAAUUCCGUGCAAUUGCGGGAAAAAGUUUGAGUUGAACUUUUUGUUUAUUGCUAUUUUACUGUUUCCCUUGAUACACUUUAUGAUAGACAAUUAA